CAGCAUGACGGGCCUUGUCCUGGUGUUGGCACUCGCCACAUUGGCGAGUGGCCAGUACCGGCCCAAGUUCCCGAGCCCGUACCUACAAAAGGAGAUAUUCGUGCUGAACCUGGAAGACGGCUUCUUCGGCUGCCAAGUGAACGAAUCCACGGAAGUGCUACAGCUUUUCGAGCUGUCGCAGCUGUGCGAUGGCGUGCCCCAAUGUUUCCAGGGCUCGGACGAACUGGCCAGGGACCUCAAGUGCACAGACAGGAAUCACUGCCAUCCCAAGAUGCCCCGGUGUACGAAUGGUGCCUGCUUGGACAACCUGUGCUACUGUAACGACGGCUACGGAGGCAAGGGCUGCGAAAUGCCAGACGAGAACGAGUGCAAGUACAGGCCGUGCGACGUGUUCUCCCACUGCACCAACACCAUGGGCAGCUUCUACUGUUCCUGUUUUCCCGGCUACGAGGGAGAUGGCUUCGACUGCCACGACAUCAACGAGUGCGAGAUCCCUGCGCUGGCUGCCCUGUGUGUGGAGAACGCCGAGUGCUGCAACCUGCCGGGACACUACGUGUGCAAGUGCCAGCGAGGUUUCACCGGCAACGCCACCGUGGCCUGCAACGACAUCGACGAGUGCCAAGACCCCAACGCGUGCGGCCUGCACGCCCAGUGCCACAACGUGCCCGGCAGCUACAAGUGCGUCUGCCCCGACGGAUUUACCGGGGACCCCACGAUCGAGUGUCACGACGUCGACGAGUGCCGAAACGACCCGUGCGGUGCCAACUCGGUGUGCCACAACCUGCCGGGCGGCUUCGAAUGCGAGUGCCGGCCGGGAUACAAGCCGCUGCCCGGCCGCGCCCACCACGGCUGCGUGGACGUGGACGAGUGCCUGGACCCGCACUUCCCGUGCGGCGCGCGGGCCACGUGCGUCAACGCGCCCGGCAGCUUCUACUGCCAGUGUCCGCCCGGCUUCACCGGAAACCCCAAGAUCGCCUGCCAGGACAUCAACGAGUGCCCGCACGCGUGCGGUGCCAACACGGACUGCACCAACACGGAGGGCAGCUACUUCUGUCGCUGCAAGCUGGGAUACAUCGGCGAGGCACAACUGUCGGCUGGAUGCCACGACCUGGACGAGUGCUCCAGGCCAACCGCGUGCGGCCUGAACGCGGUCUGCCUGAACGACGUGGGCUCGUACCACUGCGCCUGCAAGGAGGGCUACUCUGGGGACCCAAGGAUUCAGUGCCUCGACGUGGACGAGUGCGCCCAGAAUCCCUGCGCCAUCGGAAGCCUGUGCUACAACAGUCCCGGGAGCUACCGAUGCGAGUGCCCCAAAGGUUACACCGGCAACGCCUACCAGUCGUGCGAGAGGGAUAUCGUUGGCGUGGAGUGCACGACGUACCACGACUGCACGGACAACGCCGAGUGCGUCAACAACUUCUGCCAGUGCAAAAAGGGAUACCAGGUGUCGCCCAACCAGAAGGAGUGCAUCGAUCGAAACGAGUGCCUGUCCCGCGGUACUUGCGGUCGCAACGCGGCGUGCGUUAACACCGAGGGUGGAUUCCUGUGUCAGUGCAAGCCCGGAUACGAGAAGAUACACGCAUCGCCGCAGAGCCGCUGCCGAGAUGUCAACGAGUGUGUGACCAACCCGUGCGGCAAGAACGCCAAGUGUGCCAACACGGACGGCAGCUACCGCUGCUACUGCCCCGAACACCUCAUCGGCAACCCCAAGGAGGCGUGCGUCUCGCCCUGCGACAUGGUAGAGUGCGGCCGCCACGCCACCUGCCAGGCCAACGGCAAGGAGGCUGCCUGCGUCUGCGAAGUCGGCUUCACCUUCAACCCGUCCAACAUCCGCGCCGGAUGCAUAGACGUGGACGAGUGCAGCGUUCAUCAGGGCCCUUCGGGUCUGUGCGGCCAAGGCGCGCUGUGCAGCAACACCCCGGGCAGCUACCGGUGCUCGUGCCCGCCGGGAUUCACGGGCGACCCGUUCCGCUUCUGCGAGGACGUCAACGAGUGCGACAGGCUGCUCGGGCCCAGCGGGCUCUGCGGGCAGGGCGCGCUGUGCGCGAACACCCUGGGAAGCUUCACCUGCUCCUGCCCUCCGGGUUACUCCGGCAACGGACGCGUGCGCUGUCACGAUAUCAACGAGUGCGCCCAAACGUUUGGACCGAACGGCAAAUGCGGAAUAUCGGCUGUCUGCACGAACACGCCCGGGAGCUACCACUGCAGGUGCCCACCAGGAACGUCGGGAGACCCGACUGCCCGUUGUAAGCUAUUAUGCACCUGCGAUCGAGACGAUGCCUGCCCCAACCACGCAGUCUGCAGGGACCACCAGUGCUACUGUCCGUCACCCAACUUCGGGAAUGAGUGCCGACAUCCCUGCGAAGACAUCUUCUGCGGCGCACACGCGAAAUGCCAGCUCGACCAUGCAGGCGAGCCGAUUUGCGUCUGUGCUCACGGUUUCACCGGUCAAAGCAACAGCCUUCCUGGUUGUGUGGACGUCGAUGAAUGUGCUGGAACCCAACCUUGUGGCCAGGGCGCCCUCUGUCGCAAUCUGCCUGGAAGUUUCGAGUGUGUGUGCCCACAUGGAUUCGAAGGUGACCCCUUCAGAGGGUGUUUGGCGAAAGAACAACAAGUCAUCCACGGUUGCUCAACUGCGCGUCCGUGCCCUCCACACGAGGAGUGUAUAUCGGUGGAUGGACGUAGCCAGUGUGUGUGUCGGCGAGGCUUCACGUAUGACACGUCGAUUGCUAGAUGCAGGGAUAUCAACGAAUGCUCGGAGUUCAGAGCCAGCUCCCCUUGUGGCCUAAGCGCCUUCUGCAUGAACCUGGAGGGCAGCUACCUGUGCCAGUGCCCACGCGGUCAUGUCGGUGACCCAUACACCUCCUGCUACCCGGAGCAGAUCGAUUGUCAGAAAGAUAGUCAGUGUCCUGGAAACACCAUCUGCAUCAAGGACCGUUACCAGAAGGGAGUCUGCGGGUGCAAGCAUCCCUUUGUUCAGGAGGGAGAGUACUGCAUUAUGGUCAGCCGAAACUGCUCAACCACAAACCCGUGCCCUGAGAAUCAGGAGUGCAUUUUCACUGGCCCGAGCUACGGCUUCUGUAUCUGCCCGAAGGGAUUCACUCUAGAGGCCACUGGGUUUUGCCGAAAUAUCAACGAAUGCGAAGAGAUCAGCGAGUACUCGCCAUGUGGCGCCAACGCCCAGUGCCGCGAUGCGGUGGGAACAUACCAGUGUCUAUGUGCACCGGGAUAUACUGGAAAUCCUCGACAAGGCUGUUCACCCAUUCGAAUUCGCUGUCGGAACGACCCAGACUGCCCGUCGAACGAAAACUGUGUUCGUGGACAGUGUCAGUGUCUUCCCCCGUACAUACUGGAAGGCGACUCUUGCAAAGAUCCUUGUGCUUGGAUCCAGUGUGGCCAGUAUGCGACAUGUGCCAUCACGCCGGCAGGACCUCAGUGCCAGUGUAACCCUGGUUGCACUGGUAACCCGCAGACUGGCUGCUGGGAUGUGAACGAAUGUACGUCAAACCUUCCAAUCGACCCGAACGGCCCAUGCGGAGUUGGAGCCAUCUGCAUUAACUUCAUCGGUGGCUUCCAGUGCGAGUGUCCACCGGGAACCACAGGCGACCCGUUUGGAGCUGGAUGCCAAGGAUCCGCUGCGUGCAGGUCGGACGACCAGUGUCCUCGCAACGCUGUCUGCGAAGCGAAAGGGGCCACUUGCUAUGAUCCUUGUGUGACAUCCGAGUGCGGUCCAAACGCUUACUGCGAACCGAAGGACCACAAACCAACGUGCUGGUGCCGGCCCGGCUACGAAGGUGAUCCCUAUGACCUUGAGAAGGGUUGCCAAUCACCAUGCUCCAAGGUCUGGUGUGGAACCAACGCACACUGCAUUGUCAACUCGAGAAACGAAGGCGUCUGCAAAUGUUUCGAAGGCUUCCGCGGAAACCCCUGGGAGGGAGGAGAAUGCUCACCUGAGUCGCACUGUUCAGAAUCCAGGCCUUGCCCCAAAGGCCAGGAAUGUGCUGCUGGCUACUGCAUAGAUCGAUGCAAGAACAUUCAGUGUGGCAUUGGAGCACGCUGUGACGAACAGACUGGUACCUGCGUCUGCCUGCCGUACUUCCUGGGCAACUCGGAGGUCAUGUGCGUUCCACCUAUACUGCCACCUACGUGCAAUCCGGGAUGCGGAGUUGGGGCACACUGUAUGUACGCCGUACACAACAAGUGUGUAUGCAACCCUGGACUCUACGGAAAUCCGUACACGGGCUGCACUCAAGACAAGCCACGCUGCACGGCCACCACUUGCGGAAGCAACGCCCAGUGCCAUGAAACGGGUGACAAAGUGGAAUGCCGCUGCCCAGCGGGAUUACAGGGAAAUCCAUUCACUCGGUGUGAUGACAUUGAUGAAUGCCUUGGUACUGGCAGCGUCUGCGGCACCGACGCUAGUUGCCUCAACACCUUUGGCAGUUUCAAGUGCAUCUGCCCAGAUGGAAUGAUCGGAAAUCCACUGUUCGCCUGCACUCCUCGGGGACCGGAUACGGUGAUACCGGGAGGAGGUGGCGGGGACGUACCUCCACCGCCAGUGCUUCCACCCGUCCCGGUCACGACCUUCACUCCUCCCAUUCCACCUGUUGUCUGCAACACGGAUCACGACUGUGGGCCCCUCAGUGUUUGCGUGCCUGGAAUCGACAACCGCCGACAUUGCAUCCGUCCCUGCGAAGACAGAGUUUGCGGGCCAAAUGCAGCUUGUACAGUGGAGAAUAGGGUCGGCGUCUGCCAGUGCAUACAAGGAUUCCAAGGCGACCCUGGUGACUUGGAGACUGGCUGCACACCACCAAGAGGCAAGUUGAUGCCUCUCACAAAUGCUGGCACAAGAUGGCAAACCGCAAACCGUAAAUUCUCUCAAUUAGCCAUUCAGCCUGCGCUGCAAUGUACGGUAAUCAUCUGUGACACAACUUUAACUCGGCAAAUUCAACAAUUUGGAGUCUCUAUAUCUUUACGGUCUCGUUAUAUUUAUUUUGUGCCACUGUGUUUUAUAGCAUCAACUUCGAUCCACUUUACAGAUGUCUGCAUCAACACUCAGUGUGGUCCAAAUGCUGUUUGCCAUGCCAUUAGCCACAGAGCAAACUGCAUUUGCAAGGAUUCCUACUACGGUGAUCCCAACGAUCUUAUUCGUGGCUGCACAACCAAACCACAACACGAGUGCUUGGAAAACAAAGAUUGUGGCGAACGUUUUGAGUGCAAACUUGGCACUAAGGGAGUCAAGCAGUGCAGAGAUGUCUGCGAAGACAAGACCUGUGGCAAGAAUGCUGUCUGCUUGGGAGAGCAUCACAAAGCCAUCUGUGAAUGUCUGCCAGGCUUCAUUUAUGACGGCACAGGCUGCCAGGUGCCCGAUGACUGUGCGGUUGACCCAGACUGCCUUGAGCACGAGGCCUGUCGCCACCAGGCCGGAGGAAACAAGUGUGUCGACGUCUGCCUGCGACACGCUUGCGGUCCGAAUGCAAGGUGUGUGGGACAGAAGCAUGUCCCAACGUGCUUCUGCCGAGAGUCCUUCUUGGGCAACCCGAACGACCGCAUCAGGGGUUGUCAGCCGCUACUCGACGUCUGCAUCCAGGAUGCUGACUGUGCGGAGAGCGACCGCUGCCUACCUGACUCAAGAGGCAUCAAGAACUGCACCAGAACCUGCAUCAAGACUCGCUGUGGCCCCAAUGCACACUGCAUUGGUAGGCUUCACAGGCCUGUCUGCGAAUGUCGGGAAGGUUACAACGGUAAUCCCGGUGAUGUUGCGCAGGGCUGCACACCCAUAGCUCGUGACCGUUGCCACAGCAACCAUGACUGCAAGGGAUACGAGGUUUGCAAGAUUACUCCGGUGGGAAUCAAGGACUGCAUUGAGCUUUGCCUCGACUAUGAAUGUGGACCGAAUGCAAACUGUAUUGCCAUGGACCACCUGGCAGCUUGCGAAUGCCUUCCGGGAUUCGCCGGAAAUCCCCACGACCUGCGAAGAGGAUGCAUGCGACACUUGUGUGAGCAGGACCACGACUGUUCUGACUCUGCCGUAUGUUUGUUGACUCGAGUUGGCAUCAGGAACUGCACCGAUCCAUGCUGGGACAGGCGCUGUGGUCCCAAUGCUGACUGCAUCACAGUACACCACAAGGCCACUUGUGAAUGCAGGCCUGGGUAUGAAGGACUCGCUGAUGACAAUCGAGAGGGCUGCACUCCUACUCCGAAGUGCCGAACGAGCAGUGACUGCAGGGAUGACGAGAUUUGUGCCGUUGACCGCAACGGCAUCAAGAGUUGUCUUCCAGGUUGCACUACCACCUUGUGUGGACAAAACAGUGUCUGCAGGACAGAGAAUCACAUAACUAUCUGCCAGUGUCGCGAGAACUUCGUUGGAGACCCAUACAAUCGUGAGACUGGAUGCUAUGUUCAACCUGAACGAUGUUACAGGGACAACGAUUGCCCUUCUAUUGCUGUCUGCAAGAGGGUAUUUGAUGGCAAGAAUGAUUGUUACGACGCCUGUGAAGGCCAUAGUUGUGCUCAGGGCGCUGUUUGCCAGGCGGUUAAUCACAGGCCAACUUGCGUUUGCAAGCCGGGCCUCGUUGGUGACCCCCUGGCGGGCGGUUGCCACAUUCCGGACGAAUGCCAGAUUGACGAGGACUGCAGAGAGGAUCUCAUUUGCCGACCCGACACGACAGGCCUGAGAAAAUGUGUUUCUGUGUGUGUCUACGAGAAGUGUGCGCCAAAUGCUUACUGUACAGGUGUGCGUCACAAGGCUCAGUGCAUCUGCCCCCCUGGCACACAGGGGGAUCCUUACAAUCCUCACAUAGCUUGCUUGCCAACUCAGCCUGUUGCCGAAGGUUGCACCUCUGACGAUGAAUGCGCCUCUCACGAGGUGUGCAUUCAUGGCGACAAGUGCACCGACGCUUGUGAAAGAAAACAGUGCGGCCCCAACGCAGUUUGCCGUGUGCACAACCACCGGCCGUCUUGCCACUGUCUGCAAGACUACAAGGGUGACCCUGACAACCCAAUAAACGGAUGCCGGCCAAAGGACGAGUGCCAGAUUGAUGAAGACUGCAAAAGGCUGACUGAUGUCUGUCGAACUGACAACACAGGCAGCAAGAGGUGCUUUGACGCUUGCCAAUUCAACAAGUGCGGGCCAAACAGCGUCUGCGUUCCGAGGCAGCACUCGUAUGAAUGCCAGUGUCGACACGGCUUUGUUAGGGAUCAAGAGAAUGUGCUUGGCUGUGUCGAGCGAGAGCACGACGAAUGUCGCAACCACACUGGCUGCCCCACUACAGCCGCCUGCAUUCCCAACACCAUUGGUGUGAUGAAGUGCGCUGAAGUUUGCAUCAGUUUCAGCUGCACACCCGAUGCAGACUGCAUUGCAUUCAACCACAGGGGCCGUUGCACGUGCCGAGAAGGCUAUACCGGAGAUCCCAACAGCAGAGGAGGGUGCCAGAAGAUUCCAGAACCAGAGUGCAUUAACCACGCUGACUGCCCCCACCCCAAUGAGGUUUGCCAAUUUGAUGAAGCCUAUGGCGAGCGCAGAUGUCAAGAUGGCUGCAAGUUCCUAAAGUGUGCCCCUCGUGCUGUGUGCGUCGUUGACAACCACCUACCCAAAUGCACAUGUCCAAACGGCCUCUACAUUGGCGACCCUUACGACCAGCGUGAAGGGUGCAAACAGGUGGAGUGCCUCAAAGACGAAGAUUGCCACAUCACCAAAGCCUGUUUUCCAAACUUUUACUGCGAAGACCCUUGCGUAGAUGGCUGUGGAGUCAACGCCGGCUGCGUGGCUCAGAACCACCAGCGUAUUUGUCACUGCCGUCCUGGCUACACUGGCGAUGCCUUGGUUCGAUGUGAGGAGAUUCACUAUUGUGAUUCCAACCCGUGCCACUCUUCGGCAAAGUGCAUCGACGUGCCGAGCGGCUACGAGUGCGUCUGUACAAACGGCUUCAUUGGGGAUCCAUACCGCCAGGGCUGUCGCCAUCCCAACUCUUGUCCUCACGGUAAUGGGGACUGCCCUAGUCACCUUGCCUGUUACCCCGACCGUCUUGGUCAACCAAUGUGCCAAAACCCCUGCGACCAUUUCAAGUGUGGCUUGAACACCGCAUGCCGGGCCGAAGGCCACGCUGCCACUUGUGAAUGCCAAGUGCACUUCAGGGGAGAUCCAGCUGUGGGAUGCAGUCGUGAGUCUGUCGUCUGCCUGAGCGACCACGACUGUGCGUCUGGCUAUGCUUGUGUCGAUGAGCAAUGCCGUCUUGUCUGCACCCGAGAAAGUGACUGUGCUGCCGGUGAGAAGUGCAUCAACAGCCGAUGUGUCCAGCCUUGCUUCUCCCACACAGAUUGUCCUCCAAAAGAAGCAUGCCUCAGCGCUGGUUACUGCCAAGUUGGUUGCAGAAAGAACAGCGACUGCCAGCACGAUGAAACCUGCUCACAGAACCGCUGCCAGAAUCCGUGCGAGAUCAAGGGCUUGUGUGGCCCCAAUGCCAUUUGCAAGGUCAGCAACCACGAAGCCAACUGCAAUUGUCCUGACGGCCUUACCGGAAAUCCAACCCCUAUCAUAGGCUGCAAAAGGCCGGUGGUUACAUGCACAGGAUCUUGUCCCAAGGGCUUGUCAUGCAUAGAGAACAGGUGCCGAGCCGUCUGUAGUGGCUGCAUCAUUGGAGAAGCCUGCGUCAACGACUUUUGCAUGUCGGCAUGCUCUGGUGACAGUGACUGCCCAGCUGGAGAGCUCUGCAUCCACGGCUACUGCCAAGUAGGCUGCCGAUCAGACAGUGACUGCCAGGUGUACCAGCUCUGCUCACUUAACCACUGCUCCUGCAAACCGGGUUUCCACACAGUGGAACAUGGCUGUGAAGAUAUUGACGAAUGCCUGAACAACCCAUGCCAUUCCACCGGCAUCUGUGAGAACACCAUUGGCAGUUUCGUGUGCCGUUGCCCCGAAGGAUUCAUCGGAGAUGGCUUCUCGGGUUGUACGAAUCCUGGCGAAUGCCCUCGAGGCGAUUCGGAUUGCCCGCUGAAUGCUGCCUGCGACCAGAAUGGCGUGACCAAGUGCAUCAAUCCUUGUGAAGAAGAGCCUUGUGGACCAAAUGCAGCCUGCACUGUGGUGAAUCACAAGAGACAGUGUGCCUGUCCUCGAAGUGCCCUGUACACCGGUGAUCCUUAUGACAAGAACAGAGGCUGUGUUCAAGUGGACUGCCUUCAUGACACGGACUGCCCAGUCAACCAAGAAUGUGUUCAUUUUGUUUGUGAAAGCCCUUGUGACAGGGUACAGUGUGGACCUCACGGUACCUGUACUGUUAAGGACCGCCAGGCUUUCUGUGAAUGCAAGCUGGGCUACGAGAACAACGGAAGACUCAACUGUGUUGAUACGGAUGAAUGCAAACAGCACCCAUGCCACUACACUGCUAUAUGUGAGAACAAUCCGGGAAGCUACAUCUGUCGAUGCCCUAGCAAUUUGAUUGGCGAUGCCUACGGAAAGCAGGGAAGCGUUGGAUGUCAUGAUCCAAACAUCUGCUAUAAUGGAAAUGCUGAUUGCCCUCCAACAUCUGCUUGUAUUGACAUCAAUGGAACACCAUACUGCAGAGACUUGUGUGAAGACCCAACGACAUGCGGUAUCAAUGCCAACUGUAGCACUGUUAACCACAGAGCUGUUUGCUCUUGUCGUCCUGGAUAUACAGGCAAUGCAAAGCACCGCUGUGAGCUGGUUGAAUGCACAAGGGAUGAAGAGUGCCGCAGCACUGACAUCUGCAUCCGAAACAAAUGCGUUGAUUCGUGCCAGAGCAACGCCAAGUGUGGCGUGAACACCAUCUGCGUCUCUCAGGACCACCAGGCAAUCUGUCGAUGCAGGGACGGUUUCCGUGGCAACCCCAGCACGGGAUGCAUAAAAAAUAUUCCAUGCUCAACCGACAAUGGAUGCCCGAUUGGAGAAUUUUGUUACAAGGGGCUCUGCAGAGUCUAUUGCCAGUCGGACAGAGAGUGCGGCAGCAACGAAAUCUGCGAAGAUGGUAGAUGCAGAGAAAUUUGCCGGUCCAACAGCGACUGUCCUGACCAGUUCCGAUGUGUUACUGGCAACUGCGAGCCAGUUGACAGAUGCUUUACCAACACCGAAUGCACUGAAAACCAAGUUUGUAGGUCAAGUGAAAGAGGCUAUGACACUUGUGGAGAUCCUUGUGAGAACAUUCUCUGUGGUAGAAAUGCCAUCUGCAUCUCCAACAAGCACAGCGCCGUCUGCCAGUGUCUAGAUGGAUACGUUGGCGAUCCUCUUGAUCAAAGACAGGGCUGCAUCAAAGCCGACUGCUUCAAACAUGAGGACUGUCCGACGAGCAGGAUCUGUACUGAGCACAAGUGUGUCGAUCCGUGCAUAAUGAGACGCGGCUGUGGGGCCAAUGCGGUUUGUGAAGCGAGAAACCACGCUGCCAUCUGCCGCUGCCGAGACGGCUACGAAGGCGACCCCGUGACUGGCUGCCAGCUGAUUGACUACUGUCUGAAGCAGAAUCCUUGCCACCCUACGGCAAUUUGUAAGAACAAGUUUGGUGGAGCCACGUGCGAGUGUCCACCGGAAAGGCACAUCGGAAACCCCAACAAAGCCCCAGGAUGCCGGCAUCCGAAUGAGUGUCCCAAUGGAGAUUCAGACUGCCCGCCAACUGCGGCUUGUCUCUCGGAUGGUGGUGGACCGCCAAUGUGCAAAAGUCCCUGCGGCCUCCCCAACACCUGUGGUCCCGACGCCAUCUGUCGGGUGGAGAACCACAGGCCCAACUGCUUCUGUCCACAUGGUUUCACUGGGCAGCCCUACAACAAUCUACAGGGAUGCGUUCGAAUUCCUCCAUUCUGUGAUGAUGACAGAGCGUGCCCAGCACCCAUGGUCUGCGAGAAACGCCGGUGUAGACCUCCCUGCUCAAAGAGGGAUGAAUGCGCAGCCCGUGAGCUUUGUGUGGAUGGCCACUGCAUCCAAGGCUGUUUGCAAGACAAGGACUGCCUUGACAAAGAAAUCUGUUUGGACCGAAAUUGCAUUGUUGGUUGCCGGAAAGACGAAGACUGCCGCUACAAUGAAGCCUGUGUUCUGAACAGCUGCAAGAACCCUUGUGACAGUCCAACAGCCUGCGGUACCAAUGCUGAGUGCCAAGUGAUCAACCACAGGACAGAAUGCCACUGCCCAAACAGAUUCACUGGAAACCCUCACAUCUCAUGCCAGCGAGUGUCAUCGUCAUGUCGAACUACGAGCGACUGUGGUGGAUACAACUACGCCUGCGUUGAAACAAGGUGUAGAGUGGAGUGCUCUUCCGAUGGUGACUGUGCGUAUGGAGAACGCUGCUUCAACGAGAACUGCUAUGCCCUCUGCCGAUCAGACAGUGAGUGCCAGGAGGGAGAGGUGUGCAUUUCCAACAGAUGUCAAAUUGGAUGUCGCACUAAUGAACAGUGCUUGGACCAUCUCGCCUGUGUCAGCAACCAGUGCAGAGAUCCGUGUGAAGGCAGCGCCACCUGUGGCCCCAAUGCAGAAUGCAAAGUGGUCAACCAUCGUGUCGUGUGCAGCUGUCCAGCCGAAUUCAUCGGCCGUCCUCAUGCCAAUGUAGCUUGCGUGCGGAAGCCGGUUCGUUGCACACACAACCAGGAAUGCACCCCCGGACACAUCUGCUACUUGGGCUACUGCAGAGUGUCAUGCAGCAGCAACCAGGACUGUGCCUUGAACGAAAGGUGUGUGGAAAACCGGUGCCAUGUUCAGUGCCAUCGCGACCGUGAGUGCUUUGACUGGGAGAUCUGCGAGAACAACUUCUGCAAAGUUGGUUGCCGUGCUGAUACCGAUUGCCCUACCGACCAGUCUUGCAUCAAGAACCAUUGCAUCAAUCCCUGUGAGGCGCCCACAGCCUGCGGAACGAAUGCCUUGUGUUCUGUUCGAACCCACCAGGAGAUCUGUAGCUGCCCGCCCGGCCUUGUGGGAGAUGCACACCUUGAAUGUGUCAGAGAAUCAAAGGAAUGCCAUGCAAAUGAUGAGUGUGGUCUUGGAGGUUACUGUGAAGCCACUAUUUGCAGAGUUGCAUGCAGCAGCGACAAUGAGUGUUUCAACAAUGAACGCUGUGUGGAGGAGAGGUGCAGCUUGAUUUGUACAACUGACACACUGUGUCCACGGAACCACAUUUGCGAAAGAGGAUUGUGCCUUCCCGGGUGCCGAUCGGAUCUCGAUUGUCCAGCUACGGAGACCUGCAUUAAUCGUCAGUGCUUGAACCCAUGCGCGAGCCCCACAGCGUGUGGACCCAACGCCCAGUGCCAGCCGGUCAACCACCGCGCUUAUUGCACCUGCCGCUCGGGCUACACUGGUGACCCCCACGUAGAGUGUUCCAAGGUGGAGUGCGUGAUCGACUCUGACUGUGGUGUCGGAAAGAUCUGCCAGAACUACAGGUGCAUUGAGGGCUGCCGGUCGGACGUCAGCUGCCCGGAUGACAUGACGUGCAUCAGCCGCCAGUGUCAGAACCCCUGCCAGUUUGUCGGAGCCUGCGGCUUGAACGCUCAGUGCAAGACGGUCAACCACCGCCUCACGUGCACAUGUCCAACGCAGACUCUGGGUGACCCGUACACCGAGUGCUUGACAGAUCCCGACAUUUGCAGCCGGGAACAUGACUGUGGUCCAGAGAGGGCUUGCGAUAAUGGAAGAUGCAUAACCAAAGUCGAGUGUACCACUGAUGAAGAAUGCGCCCUUGGAAAAGUCUGUGAAUCGCAUCGGUGCUUCGAUGGUUGCCGUGGCGACCACAACUGCCCUGUCAACCAGGGAUGCUAUCAAGGCCAGUGCCAGAAUCCGUGCAGCGUUCGUGGAGCCUGUGGCAUCCACGCUGACUGCGUUCCUGAACAUCACCGUCCGCACUGUUUUUGCCCAGCCGGUUUCAACGGAAAUCCUCAGUUUGAAUGCAAGAAGAGUCAAGGCUGCCGUGUGAAUGAAGACUGUUUGCCUGGUCUGAUCUGCCUUCGCGGCCAGUGCUCUCCCUCCGAUUUCUGUGCUUCCGACAAUGACUGCAACAGAGGGGAGAUCUGCGACAAUACGAGAUGCGUUGCUGGUUGCCGAACGCACAGCGACUGCGACUUCUUCUUGGAAUGCCGGGACAAGUUCUGCCAGGAUCCUUGCAGACCGGGUGUCUGUGGCGUCAACGCGCACUGCCAACCCAUCAGCCACUCGGCCGAGUGCCGGUGCCCGGCAAACUUUGAAGGAGACGCCAAGGUUCAUUGCAGGGAAGUGUCUGUUGAGUGCCACACGGACAAGGACUGUGGACUUGAGAAGAUUUGCAUCAGCAACCGCUGCAUUGUUGGCUGUCGCAUAGACGAACACUGUCCGUAUGACAAGGCCUGUGUGGAAGGUGCCUGCCGCAACCCGUGCUACCAACGGGGAACCUGCGGGAUCAACGCCCUCUGCCGACCGCAAAACCACCGGGCAACUUGCACGUGCCCCAGGGACAAAGUGGGUGACCCCAGAGUCCAUUGCACCGUACAGCCACCGACAACAUCCGUGGUGCGCGUCGAGUGCAGCGUCGACGAGCCCUGUGCAGACGGAUACAUCUGCCGCAACAGCGUCUGCGUCCUUUAUGGCUGCUCCACUGAUUCUGCCUGCAACCCUGGAGAAAUUUGUGAACGGAGGAAAUGCGUUGUUGGAUGCCGCAGUGACUCUGACUGCACCUUUGACAAGGCAUGCGUUAAUACUCAGUGUGUCAACCCUUGUGACAUUCAAAACUCUUGUGGCCGACACACCGACUGUCGUCCGGUUGUUCAUCGACCACACUGUACCUGCAAGCCUGGAUAUGAGGGCAACCCAUACGACUUCUGCAACAAGAUCGAAAUCAGGCCUCCACCGGAAUGCAUACACGACCAUGACUGCUAUGCCGGCAAGAUUUGCGAGGCACACAGCUGCAUAGAGGGAUGCCGCGGCGACGCUAACUGUCCCUUCGACCGAGCCUGCAUUGGGCGGCAGUGCCACAACCCAUGCACGCCGGGAAUCUGUGGCAAGAACGCCAGGUGCCUCCCGAUCAGCCACAAGCCAAUCUGCGCAUGUCCGUCAGGACUCAGUGGCGACCCCAACAUCGAGUGCACUGUGUCUCGGCAAGAAUUCUGCUUCCACGACAGAGACUGUCCCGUCGGCCGCAUCUGUGAGAAGGGAGCCUGUGUCGACGCCUGUCGCACCGACGAUGCCUGUGCUUAUGACAAAGCAUGCAUUCGCAACCGCUGUCAGAACCCUUGCAGUUUCACGGGUGUCUGUGGCGCUAACGCCGACUGUCGUGCAGCGAACCAUCGCCCUGUUUGCUUCUGCCUGCCGGGCCUGACUGGAGAUCCUAAGAUCCAUUGUGCUGAAGUGAGGGAAGAAGGUUGCAAGCGAGACAGUGAGUGUACCUUUGGCCAGAUCUGCGAGGAUGCCUGCUGCAUUGACGGCUGUCGCACGGACGACCAGUGCUUGCCCAGCCAGUCUUGCCACCACAGCAAGUGUGAGAACCUCUGCCAUAUUCCUGGAACCUGUGGCAUUAAUGCACUUUGCGUCAUUGCCGCUCAUCGACCAGUCUGUUCCUGCGAGAGGGGCUUCAUGGGUGACCCCAAAAUUGAGUGCAGGCAAGUUCCAGCUGAGCCUGUGAAGGAAUGCCAUGUGGACACCGACUGUGCCCUGCGCCAUGUGUGUGAGAACCACAAGUGUAUCUAUGGUUGCAGGUCUGACGAGAGGUGUACAACCGACGAAGCAUGUAUUAAUGGCAUCUGUCAGAACCCGUGCGGCGUUUAUGGAGCAUGUGGCCGUAAUGCCCUCUGUCGCCCCAUCAACCACCACGCCGAUUGUUCUUGCCUGCCUGGUCACCGUGGCAACCCCAACGUGGUCUGCUUCAGAGACGAGCCAAAGCCUGAAUGUACAAGAGACAAUGAAUGCUUGCACGGAUUCAUCUGUGACAACAACCGCUGCAUAGAGGGCUGCCGUCAUGACAACAACUGUCCCAAUGAGAAAGCCUGCGUCAAUGGACAGUGCCACUACGUGUGUAGCCUGCCAAAUAUUUGCGGUGUCAACGCGGACUGUCAACCACGCAAUCACCGUGCGCUCUGCUCGUGUCCAUCGGGCUUCCAGGGCGAUCCACAGAUUGAAUGCAAAGAGAUUCGGGAGCCAGGCCCCUGCUUCCAAGACAAUGACUGUGCUGUCGGGAGCAUUUGCAGCACUGGCAACUGCAUUCCUGGCUGCCGCAACAACGAGAACUGCCCAUUCUUAGAAGUGUGCAUCCGAAAUGUCUGCCAGGACCCUUGCCGGGUUUAUGGGGCUUGCGGCAUCAACGCCGUAUGCAAAGCUAUCAACCACGACAGAGUCUGCGCUUGUCUUCCUGAUCACACGGGAGAUCCAAAACACCACUGUGUGAAAGUGCUACCUCCACCUGAAUGCACAAGAGACGAUGACUGCUACUCCGGCCGUAUCUGUGAGCUUUCCCAUUGCAGAGUGGGCUGCCGAGCGGACAACAACUGCCCACCAGACCUUUCCUGCAUUGACGGACAGUGUCAGAACCCGUGCCAGCGCAGCGCUGUCUGUGGCCGAGACGCUCACUGCUCUGCAGUCAACCACAGAGAACUUUGCUCCUGCGAGCAUGGCUACACCGGAAACCCUGUCGUGGCCUGUGAAAAAGUUCCUGACGGCUCAUGCAGAAAGGAUGAAGAGUGCGGGUACGGAGAAAUCUGUGUAUCAUACAGGUGCAUAGAUGGCUGCCGUAACCACGACAACUGCCCGUUCGACAAGGCCUGCAUCAACGGACAUUGCCAAGACCCGUGCAGCCUCGGAGGCAUCUGCGGCAUCAACACCCAGUGCCGAGCUCUCUACCACGAAGCUUCGUGUGAAUGCUUGCCAGGUUACACCGGGAACUCUAAGGAACGCUGCAGUUUGAUUCCCCUUCCUGAAUGCACCGAUGACCAUCACUGUGGAACUGGAUAUGUGUGUGUCAACUCAAAGUGCAAAGACAUCAACGAGUGUCUGCACGGCCGCGGCCCAUGCGCACACGGUGCAACGUGCACAAACCUGCCUGGCAGCUACAAGUGCAGCUGUCCUAGCAACCUGGUGGGUGACCCCUAUCACGGACGUUGCCGUCAGCGCAUCCAAGGCUGUACACGCGACACUGACUGCAAGGACAACGAAGCAUGCAAUACUCUUACAGAGCAGUGUUACGAUGCUUGUCUCAAGCCUGGCGUCUGCGGUCGGGCAGCCGAAUGUCGGGGUGUCGACCACCGACCUGAGUGCUUCUGCCCAAGUGGACUUCGAGGGAACCCCUACGUUGAGUGCACUAUCGCUCGGCCUUGUGCCCACUACCAGGAGUGUCCUGGAAACCUGCAGUGCCUUGGUGACCGAUGUGGCUGUCCACGACCCUUCUGGCAGAAGAACUACUUCUGCAUCUUGACGAGUGUCAACUGCUCCACAACCAAUCCAUGCCCUGAACACCAAGAGUGUGUGUAUGAAGGCAGCUACACAGGCUUCUGUGUCUGUCCCAAGGGAUUUGCUCUCCUGCCUAAUGGAGUGUGCAGAGAUAUUAACGAGUGUGAGCAACAUCCUUUCCCCUGUGCCCACGGUGCCCAGUGCUACAACAAUGUGGGCAGCUACCACUGUACGUGCCCUCCGGGAACUACGGGAGAACCCUUCCAUGCUGGAUGUGAGCCACCCAAGGGAGAAUGCACUCAUGACAAUGACUGCCCCAACAAUAAGGCUUGUGACAUUCACAUGCUGAAAUGUUACGAUCCCUGCCUGGUGCCUGGAGCCUGCGGAGAACACGCACGUUGCCGAGUGGUCAACCACAAACCUACCUGUGAAUGCCCUGCAGGAUACAGUGGAAACCCACGCAACUACUGCUUUAAAUUGGUUGGAUGCCCCCAUGAGUUCCACUGCCCUGGAAACCUGCUUUGCAUGGAUAGUGGCUACUGUGGCUGCCCACCAACUUUCCAAAGGAAAUACGACUUUUGCAUAGCUACCAGCCGGAACUGCUCGACAACAAACCCUUGCCCGAAAAAUGAAGAGUGCGUCUACACCGGCAGGCAGACGGGAUUCUGCGUGUGUCCUCGUGGCUAUAGGCUGUUGCCCAACGGUGUGUGCAGAGACAUUGACGAGUGCACAGAACUGACACCACCACCCUGCUCCAAGACUGCAAGCUGCAUAAACUUGCCAGGAACCUUCGAGUGCCAAUGUCCAGAGCUGACCCACGGAGAUCCGUACAGGGGAGACUGCUUGCCCAGGGAACCACCCAAGCCUAUUUGCACAACGGACGAAGACUGCCCCUUACAUGAGGCCUGCGACCUCGGAAAGCAGGACUGCUAUGAUCCAUGUAUCCACGAUCCCUGCGGGUUUGAAGCUGUCUGCCGGGUUGAGAACCACAAGACCGUGUGUGUUUGCCCUCCAGGCUACACUGGCAACCCACUUGCACGCUGUCUGCGAGUGGAAGUUUGUGGUGUCGACUACAACUGCCCUGGGAACCUCGUCUGUCUCUCAAGCAGCACGUGUGGGUGUCCACCAAACUAUGACCGUGUUGGAGAGUACUGCAUCGUGACAAGCAGGAACUGCACGACCACUAACCCGUGCUCUCAGAACGAAGACUGCAUCUAUGUCGGCCCACAAGAGGGCUUCUGUGUGUGCCCACGAGGUUAUGAGCUCCAACCUAACGGAGUUUGUAGAGACAUCAAUGAAUGUGUCACGAUUCACAAUCCAUGUGCAACCGGAGCGAAGUGCGUCAACCUGCCAGGAAGUUAUGACUGUGUCUGUCCCCCCGGCACUGUUGGUGACCCAUUCAUUGGCGGAUGCAAACGCAUUGAAGAGGAAUGCCGUACUAACGACGACUGUCCUUUGGACAAGGAGUGUGAUGUCAACACCCAUCAAUGCAUACCGCCUUGCCACGUUUGUGGCCCAAGUGCAUUGUGCACAGUCACAAACCAUGUCGCCAUAUGUGUCUGCCCUCCUGACCUUGUUGGCGAUCCGUUUGACAAGAUCCAUGGCUGCUACAGAGGAGUUCCCCCUCCACCUAGGACAGAGCCUCCCGGUCCAGAUAUUCCUCCUGGUGGCCUCGAUGUGAUGUGCUUAGCCGACGGGGUUCAAGUGCUGGUUCAGCUGGACAGCUUCAAUGGAGUCAUCUACGUGAAGGGUCACAGCCAGGAUGCCCAGUGCCGUCGCCUCGUGACCAGCAGUGAGCGCGAGACUGUCGACUUCAAGGUGCUCUUCAACACCUGUGGCCUGGUGCACAUCAACGGAGAAGCCUCCUUCGUGCUGGUCAUCCAGAAACACCCCAAGCUUGUAACAUACCGCGCCCGGGCGUACCACAUCAAGUGUGUCUACAACACUGGCGAAAAGACUGUGACCCUGGGAUUCAACGUCAGCAUGAUUACUACAUCUGGCACAAUCGCCAACACGGGUCCGCCACCGACUUGUCAAAUGCAGAUCUGUACUGUGGACGGCAAAGAAGUCAGCAGUGCCGAAAUUGGAGAUGACCUGCUGCUCAAGGUCACAGUACAGCCACACGAGAUCUAUGGUGGCUUUGCACGUGGAUGCAUUGCUAAGACAAUGGACAACGAGGAAGAGACCCAGUAUGAGGUGACUGAUGCCAAUGGCUGCGCCACCGAUCGGUCGAUCUUCGACAACUGGGAGUAUGAUCCAGAGAACAAGGUGCUAAUGGCACGCUUCAAUGCCUUCAAGUUUCCCAGCAGCAACAAUCUGCGGUUCCAGUGCAACAUUCGAGUCUGCUUUGGAUCGUGUCCACCCGUACACUGUGACGGUGUCGAUGCCUUUGGCCGACGAAGGCGUCGUCAGGCACCUGGCACGGACCUGCAACUGGGCACUUCUUUCCAAGAAGGGCAGCUUCGAGAGGAAAUCAUGGUGCAGUCGAACGCCAUCCUGACCUUUGAGAAGAAAGAGAGCCAGGUGGCACCCACUGCUGAAGCGGGUCCAGAAAUCGAGGAGAUUGACAGUGUCUGCCUGCCCAAGCUGGCGCUCAUCAUCUCCCUGGUGAUCACCACGCUGCUCGCACUGGUCGCCGUGGCAGUGGCCAUUUCCUGCUGGCUCAUGGCAUACCGGCGGCGAGCCAAGGGAGGGUCGCUGCCGCACCCACCAGACUUUCCUAACCCCGUGUACACGACGCCAGAGCCCGUGGCGGAGCCCUCGCCUGACUACUACCAGUCGUCAGUGCCCCCCCAGCUUAAGGUAGGCCCGUCCCGGGGGCUCCCGUCUCUCCUCGAGAAGACCUGCCUGCGAAAGAGAAGCAAGCAAUCCAAGGCCCCCCCACCACCCCCUUCCAACCAGGCCAAGUCAUUUUUUCAUAAACCCCAUCCAACAAACACCAGCCCACCCCCAUCUUUAUGUCAUGACUGACCGCGGCGCCAACCUGCUACCCGCAGUACCUCCAGCUACAAGAGCAGCACGUACACGUUUGGCACCGUCGGGCAUUGCCGCUGCUGUGCGUUCACUGCCUGUCACCGCCCUUUCUUCACGGCCCUCGUCAGCAUCGUCGAGACCACAAGAGCAUUCCUGCAGCGUAGUAACUCAGUGGCAGCCGGACUGCAGUUUGACGGGGUGUCGCGUGGCAUCUUUUUAAGGCGGGACUUAUCACAGCAGAGCAGAAACCCUCCUCCUACGAAAAGUGCGUGCCAGGUGUUCACGGAGAAGGCAGGUUUGGCAGCGGAAUCAGUCGUGGUGCAUUACCCUACGGCACAGCGAGGUCGGGAACCGCGCUUCCCUGCACUUUUGUUGAUUCAUGGCAGCUACCCAGAGCAACAGCAACAACCUUGUGUGUGUGCAGGGAUGGACUCUAGAUUUUUGUAUGUUGUGUGCUGAUGAUGAUUGUCAGUGGCGGCGGCGACGACACUGGUGUCUUGCCUGCCUAUAAAUGAAACCAUGUGCGGCGCCUGCCGGUGUAACUUCCCAAGUAACUCAGUUUCACAGGGUGCGUGUGUGUGCAUGGAAUUUGUGUGUGUGCAUCUUAUGUCUUGCAGAUGCGGUGCAUGCCUGUGGCGGUACAGCGUCGUCUGCAUCGGGUUCACUGAUGUGCCAAACAUCCUUGCUACUACAGUUAUAUUUUUUGUCCUUGCGGUCAAAGGGCAUGCAGGCAGCUUUAACGGGCCCUUUGCAUUUACAGAUAGCCAUUAUAAGGUGCUGGACAUCUUGUAGAAACAUUAAUAUGUGUUUUUGGAACUUUGCGUCCACAACUGGUUCAGAAGUCUUUUUGUCUUCUUGACAGCGAUUUGAAGCUUGCUAAGUUGGCCUCAGACUAGCUGAACCGUUUAGUCUCCUGUAGUUUUUUCUUCUGAAGGUAUGCCUUUUGACUAAACCGAUGCGGCAACAGUCACUCGGAGCUACCACAAGUGACAGACAUUCUGGUCUCUCCUUUCCGUGUCGUCCGAUAGGAUGCGAGCAUGAGUUUGUGAAGCUGAGUUACUCAGGAACCCUGUGUCAUUCUGGUUGGAAGAAAAAUAACGGAGAUGGUGCUUCCUUGUUUCGAGUGUAUUCUGGGGACAGGGUGACACUUUCACGUGUUGCGUGCUUCUCUUGUGGUGCUGGCUUUUCGAAUGUGGCUUGUCUCCCCACCAUCACUUUAAAAACCAUGCCAACGUAACACCGCUUCCUCGCAAGCAGUCACAAGCCCGACAAGCUCCAGGCUUUUAAAUGACCUUGUAAUGCAUUGCACUGCGUGGUCGGUGGCUGUGAUUUGCAGCUGAUCUUGAGGCGUUCCAUUUUUAAGUUUCGGCAAGCAGCUAUGUGGCAUGCAUAUGAAGUGUAUAGGUUUUAGGCUUGUCACUCAAGUUUUCAAAGUUGCACUUCGCAGAUACUGAAAUCUUUGAUAAACCCACAGAAUCAGUGUCUUGUGACUUUCAUUGCAGCAUCGACUGCCACGCCAUAGCCGUGCGCUUUGUGAUGUUCUUGACGCACGAACUCAAAGGGUACUGUUAAUGUGUACUCUGUUGUAAUCUUUUUCCAACGCUUGCUAUUGUAUCAACUGAAAUCGAGGAAUCUUGCUUCUUACCACUUCGUCAUCGUGUCACGUCGGCAGGUUAUUCUGCCAGGGGGACCCAAGCCACAUUUGACGCAGCCCGUCGUCUGUUUGUUAUAAUUGCCAUUAUGUGUUUACCCUUUUUUUUUUACCAUGUGUGUGUAGAUCGUACUUGCGUGUUUUAUUUAAAUACUAUUUGAGGAUAUUAACAACAGACGACAACUAGUACUGUUCCUUUGAAAGACCUUGGUCGUGCUUUCUCUAUGUGCAUUUUUUUUUUUUCCACUUCCGUCUUGAAUCAAAUGCGCGCACACAGACACACAAAAACGGUGAACAAAGCGAAGAAGCAUCAUAGAGUAAAUGCUAUUUUGCUGUGAUAAAGGAUCCUGUGUCUUCUGCCUUUUUUUCAUCUCUCUCUUUGUAAUGUUUUCCCUCGUUUCCCAACUUUUCAUUUAAUAAUUCUCGUUCUACACAGACUCCACAACUGCCAGCUUUCACUCAUAAUAUUUUUUGUUUUUCUGUUCUGUUGAAAGCUAUUGUGGUGACUCGGCCACAUUAUAUAUGAACAAAGACAAAAAAGGAGUAGGGACUGGUCCCAUCCUUUGGCAGCUAUUUUUUGUUUGUAUAUUGUGGCAAAGUUACCGGUGACGUUUCACGACUUGUAAGUCAUAGGCACUGAGAGACUAGGAGCACAUCUUUGCACUACUCUUUUUCCAUUAACUGUGGUGCCAAAUUUGAUUUUUUUCUUCUCCCCAAAUUUGAUAGAUUAACUUUCUUUUCUUCUUGAUGUGUAUAAAUAGGUUGCAUGAAGUGCCCAAUUUUUGACAAUUAUAGAUGCUGUUAACAGAAUGCGAACCUUUUAAAAGGGCUGUGUAAAUAUGUGUUCUGUCUCUCAGCAGUAAUCUCAUGUUUCUUUUUGUUUGUUUUUUCCUCUUUUCUGGUGUGUACGAUCACGAUAGCGAUGUCACGUCUAGUUCUUUCCUUUUUUUUUCUUUGACCUCUAACACACUGCCUGAAUGCUUGUGCAUAUCAUCUGCUUAAAAAUGGCACAGCAGCCUUGUCUUUUUUUUAAAAAAGCAGCCUUACAGCAAUGAAACGCCAUUUUUACAUGCCUUAAAACAUUUGCUGUUUUACUUUUUAUCUUCUGUGUAUUUUCACUUCUGCAAUAAAGCACAUAAUUUUUAUUAUGA